AUGGUGGUGAUAGCCGCGGGUGUCCUUCUGGCCGUGCUUCUCACCGACGGCGGAGACGAAGAACAAGUGUACAGCGUCGAGCAACUGUCCGAUCGCUACUGGACAUGGCGUCUUGACGACUCGCCCGAAUUCGCCACUUACCUGGGAAAUCACGAGCGUGAUGACCGACUGGAAUCCUACUCACUAGCUUCGUGGGCAAGGCGCGAGGAGGACAUGAAGGGAUUUCUUGCAGACAUCCAACGCAUAAACGUUACUGAACUGUCAGAGGCUGAUAAAGAAAAUCUUGAUAUUCUCAAGGAAGAAAUAGAGCUAUUCGUAGAAGGCAUUCAAUAUAAAGGGUUUUAUUUCCCAGUCAACUUUCUCGAAGGAGUGCAGGUUGAUUUUGUCACCCUAAUCACACAGUUCAUGCCUCUCAACACCGUUGCGGACUAUAACAACGUACUGGCAAGAUACGCGGCAUUUGGAAAGCAGGUAGAUGAAAUUAUCGAAGUAAUGCGAAAGGGUAUUGAAGAAAAAAUUACCUUCCCUAAAGAAUCAAUGAAAGGGAUACAGGAACAAUUCGAGGCGUUAGAGACCAAUCCGGAAGACUCUCUUUUCUACGAACCCUUUCUUCAAAUGAACGAAAGUCUCAUAACAAAUGAAUCAAUAGCUGAAUUGCAAUCGCGUGGAUUGACAGCUGUCACCGAUCAAAUGUUACCGGCAUUGAACAAGUUGAAAGAGUUCAUCCUGAAUGACUACAUGAGCAAUCUGAGGGAUAAUAUAGCUUGCUAUAGCCUACCGAAUGGAGAAGCGAUGUACAAACAACUGAUUAGAUAUCACAUCGGCUGGGACAUGUUACCGAGUGAAAUUCACGACAUCGGAAUGGAUGAAGUCAAACGAAUAAAGGAUCAGAUGCAAAUCAUCAUCGAUAGACUGGGCUUUCCAGACAAGGCUACAUUUGAUGAGUAUUUAAUCAACAACGAAACAUUCUACUACGAAAAAGAAGAAGAUAUUCUAGAUGCUUACAGACAUAUUGUGUACAAUCGGAUUGAACCAAAGCUGCUAACCUGGUUCAAGAAGCUGCCGAAGCAACCCGUGCUUGUUGAAGCAGCGCCAGCUAGCCAGCCCUUCGCUCCCCAAGCCUACUAUCAGCUGGGCACAAUUGACAGGCCAGGUGUGUUUACAGUUAACGUCGCUGAUCCUAAGAAUCAACCUGCGUACAGCAUGGUCUCAUUAUCUCUCCACGAAGCUCAACCUGGACAUCACACGCAGGCGGCUCUUUCGGCGGAGGACACAACGCUCCAUGCUUCUCGUCGGACGUUCGAUGAUCGAAGAUACGGAGAAGCACCGUCUAAGUUUCCCAUAUACACAGCGUACGGCGAGGGUUGGGGCCUAUACGCAGAACGACUGGGGGAAGAUAUAGGCGUUUAUGAGAACGACUACGAACAGUACGGCCGAUACCUGGAUGAAAUGUUAAGAGCUUGCCGACUUGUCGUUGAUACUGGGAUGCAUGCAUUAAAUUGGACGAGACAAGACGCUAUGGAUUUUCUAUUUGAAAACAUGGGAGACGAAUCUGAGAAUUCAAUAGAUAGAUAUAUAACUUGGCCGGGUCAGGCAUUGGCUUACAAGAUAGGUGAACUAAAGAUUAACGAUGUCAGAAAAUACGCCGAAAGCGAAUUAGGUGCGAAAUUUAAUAUCAAAGAGUUCCACGACAUCUUUCUAACAUUGGGGCCAGGCAAUCUUGAACGAUUUGAGAGUGCAAUCAACGAAUAUGUCGAGCAGAACAAAGCGCGUAGUAUUAGUUUAUUGUAACCGUGAUGGUGCAUAACUAUCCAGUACCUCCUCUGACUGAGAAUACGAUUAGAAAUGUAUUGUUCGAAAAGUACGUACGCGAGUAAGUAGCAUUGUACUUUGUUUUCGUAAAAUACAAUUAAGCGUUUUCACUCCCACAGCAUGUAGAGAAAUGACGUCUGAGAGUUCUCAUAUGUUAUGCGUACUAAUUACGAAUAGAAUCGCAUGAUUUAUAUAUGCAAAUUGACUGUCGCGAUGGUUACAAUGUAUGAUAACUCCAGAAUAGAUGGUAAAUAUUGGAAAAAUGGAAUAUUGCAUAUGUCAUUAUCCACUAACCUAGCAGUACCUCGUAUAACAGAAAGCGCUAAUAUAAAUAAUUAUGAUACAUUAAAAUUAUAAUGUUGUUAUGAAACACCGUGACUAGACGUUCUUUAUAUGUGCGGUCUUAGAGUCUAUUUAUAUAUUCGUUAUUCUCAAAUUAUCCAGUCAUGUACGCACUACCGCCAGCACCUACACACUUCUAUUACCAUGCCCGAAUGUCCACGCUCGCGCAAACCCGCUCGGGGGUGUCUAUAUUCAAGCCGGUACGGGAGA